AUGGAGAAACUCCCUAGCGAAAACGAGGGCAAGCUGGACAAGGAGGGAAAGUCAGACGAUGAAGUAGAACCUGAGGCUGAAGGAAAGUCGGAGGAAGAAGGGAAUCAAGAAGAGGAGGGGAAGGCAGCACGGGAGGGCCAGCUGGAGGGUGAGGGAGGGCCAAAGAAGGAGGGCCACCCCCGGGAUGAGGACAAGUCAGGGAAGCAGGGAAAGUCGUCAGAAGAUGAGGGCCAGCCACCAGGUGAGGGCAAGGCAGAGCCCCAGGCCAAGGCAGCCAGCGAGACAUGCGCAGCUGAAAAGCGUCCGGCUGAAGAUUACGUGCCCCGGAAAGCAAAAAGAAAAACCGACCGCGGGACCACGGAUGACUCUCCCAAGAACUCUCGGGAGGACUUACAGGACAGGCAUCUGAGCAGUGAGGAGAUGAUGAGAGAGUGUGCUGAUAUGUCCAGGGCUCAGGAAGAGCUAAGGAAAAAACAGAAAAUGGGAGGAUGUCACUGGAUGCAGAGAGAUGUGCAGGAUGCAUUCGCCCAAGGGGCCAACGGGGUGUCAGGGGAGUGAGGGGCGGAGGAAGAGGCCAAAGAGGUUUACACGAUAUCCCCUACCUUUAACGCCCUUGGCCUUAGAUUCUGACUUCUCUGAUGAGAACUUUGCACACCCUGCUUUUCCUGGUAGAUAAGCUCCAGGUCCUGUGCUUUUAACCUUAUGCUGAUACUUUGCAUUAGGUGUCA